GGGGACCUGUUUAUUGAUCAUCAACAUCGUACCUGUCACCUGCGUCUGUUCUAAUUUCUCCUCUCCUCUCCUCUCCUCUCCUCUCCUCUUCUCUUCUCUCUGCAACACAGCCAAAGGUUUCAACUUUAAACUCCUUUCGAGUCCAAACACCCCUUUUUUCUCCCCAACUCUCUCUCUCUCUCUCUCUCUCUUGUUCUUCUGCUUCGUUUUCGGUUUCCUUCAAUCAUGGGUCGCCCACCCAGUAAUGGGGGCCCCGCUUUUCGCUUCACUCAGGCUGAGGUAGGAGAAAUGGAAGGUAUUCUUCAAGAACACAACAAUGCGAUGCCAGCACGUGAUGUUCUUGCAGCUCUUGCUGACAAGUUCAGUGCAUCACCGGAUCGCAAAGGCAAGAUUACAGUGCAGAUGAAGCAAGUUUGGAAUUGGUUUCAAAAUAAGCGGUAUGCUAUAAGGGCAAAAUCAAGUAAGACUCCUGGAAAGUUAAAUAUCACACCUAUGCCUCGUGAUGAUGCAAACCCAGUAAGGAGUAUGCCUCAAGGCCCUCAACAACCAACAGCUGCUCCAAUUCCUGCUGCUUCAGGUUCAGUUCCAACAACAGUAAAAGCAACACCAGAAAAUUCAGUUAUGGAAUUUGAAGCUAAAUCUGGAAGGGAUGGAGCAUGGUAUGAUGUAGCUAGCUUUAUAUCACACAGAUAUUUGGAGACCAGUGAUCCGGAAGUGCUGAUACGAUUUGCUGGUUUUGGAGCUGAGGAAGAUGAGUGGGUUAAUGUUCGAAGGAAUGUCAGACCACGCUCUUUGCCAUGUGAAUCAUCAGAAUGUGUUGCAGUCCUACCUGGAGAUCUCAUACUUUGUUUUCAGGAAGGUAAAGAGCAAGCCCUUUACUUUGAUGCCCAUGUGCUCGAUGCUCAAAGACGGAGGCAUGAUGUAAGAGGCUGUCGCUGUAGAUUUUUGGUUCGUUAUGAUCAUGAUCAAUCAGAGGAAAUUGUGCCACUUCGGAAGGUUUGCCGGCGGCCCGAAACUGAUUACCGGUUACAGCAACUUCAUGCUGUGAAUGAGGUAGUCCCUGUGGAUCAGCAGAAGAGUGGCAUGAAUCCAGCAAAUGUUCAUGCUGUAAGGGUCACUACUGAAACAGUGCCAAAACAGCUGAUUGCAGCAAGCAUUCACAUGGAAACACAAGUUUUGCAAACAAAUGUUCCUCAUGCCCCACAAACUAUGAAUGUGAAUGCAAAGAAAGCUGAAACUACUAGUGAUGUUCAAGCAGGAAAUUCCAUCAUUACCCCUGGAAGUGCCCCAUUUACUAGUAUCAUUGCCACAAGCAAUCUUCCUGAAGUGUCUAAUCAAAACAUGGCUGAAGGAAAAUGACUUGCUAUAUUUUUGUCCUCUACCUUUUGUGUGGGGUUCAUUUUUUCAAACCUGUUAAUUAGACUUGAGUACAUUGUUUUUUCUUUUUUAGAACUACUAACUAGCCGGGUAGUGUAUGUUCAGCACAGAAUGCAUGUACAUGGGUUUCUCCCUCCUUUUUAUCUGAACUAUGAAAUUAAAAAGAAGAAUGAGGUUAUACGAUUUUCAAGC